GUCGAAUCGAAAUCGUCCACAGACGCAACCAAACGGCGCAGGACCGCGCGUGAAAAUGGGGAACAAGCCAUCUACUGACGAUCACGGCAACUCGCUGUCCUGUGCGUGCUGCCCUGGAUCGACGGGACUCGAGCACGACUGGCCGCAUCAGAAACAGCCACCUCCCCUGAAAAACUCCAAGCACAGCUCGACGUUGAGUAUGUACCAAGAGGCGUCGGCAAUUGCGACGUCGUCUAUGGGCGAGACCGAUUACGCUCACAAACCACAGCUUGAUGAUGGGUCCAAGUCGUCACGCACACGCACACGAGGGGGCUCGUUCGAGUUCAACGUGGAAAUUCCCGAGGCGUUCCGAGCGGAAAACUUGCACGUGCGCCGAACGUCGGCACUUCGCGUGUCGAAUCCAUCGACUGUGGACACGACUACGACAGGGCCAUUGUAAAGGAUCAAAACAACUUUUCAUUAUAUUGUUACGGCAA